CAACCAAAUGCCAAAACUCCAAACCAAAUGUCAAAUUUCUAUUGUCGUAAAAAUUUUAGUCAUAUUUUCUUACAUUUAUUUUACGUGAAUUAUUUAUUUAAAAACCAUAAGUAAACGGCAACAUCCCCGUAGUCCACAUGUGCGUCCACGUUUGUUGUUGUUAGCGGCCCAAAUUCUCUGUGCAAGUAGUGCGAAGGACUGUAUCUAAAUGAAUAAUGUCUCUGCGAUCGAAGGCCUUAGCUCUAGUGGAGGUCCUCUUGCGGGUGCCGCCGCUGUUUGUGGUGGAUGAGUUCCUGAAGAUCAGCCUGGGGCUGCCGGUGGCGGGCGGCGAGGAGGUGCCCAUCCUCAGCAAUGUCACCAUCGACCACGUCGACGUCGAUGGAGACGCAAAUUACUACGAUGCAAACUUCUACAACGCUUUCAUCUUCACGUUCCUCAAAUUCCUCAUAUGCUGUAUGGGCUGCAUGUCAUCACUAUGUAUAUUCGUGCUGCACACGAAGCACCUCAUCAUAGUCUACCUGUACCUGAUGUCGGUGGCCACGGUCUUCGUCUCCUACUGGACCAACGUGUCUGCCAUCAAGCAGAUCCAAGCAUUGACCCUCGCGUCGGCACCUUCCACCAGCAUCUUGGAAGACCUUCUGAACCUUAACAUGAAAAAUCUGCUAGACCUGGACGGCCCCGGCAUACUGGUAAUACAAAACUUCGCCAUACAGUUCGCCCUUUCCUUCUUCUUCAAGAACAUCCAUCUGGGUCCGCGAGAGCCGAUAGUGCAGAAGUUUCUGAUGCUGUCGUUCAUAGCGCCGUCUCUGCUGGCGCUGCUGCCGGUGCCGCCGAAUCUUCUGCACCACUCGCCCGUGUUCUCCGCACUGCUCCCACUCGUGCUGGUUAAAUACGUGCUGUGGUCUUCGGCCUACAGCGUCAUACACGUCAUCUACGCCGGCUACCAACACGGCCGCAUAUUUGUCAGCAACUACGGUUUGUCGGCGCUUGUUGAGACCGAGUGGAUGCGGCUCAAUGUGCCGUGCGUGCUGAGGGUUUUCUGGGUCAUCCGAGUAGCGGAACAUGCUGUGCUACUCCUUGUGGACAACCUGGACGAAGAAGCCGAGGAAGGCCUCAAAGUCUCGACCCUACUAGCAGUUCAAUCGCUAGCGUCGCUCGCUAAGUCACUUCUGGUGACCGGAUGCGAAACCAUCACCGCCGUGCUCGGCAUGACUUCAGUGAUCUCAUUCUUUUGCCACUACAUCGGGAGCUUCUUCCAGUGGAUAUUACUGACGGAUGAAGAGGAGGACAAGAGCAUAGGGACGGUAUCGGCGAUACUGUUCUAUAUACUCGCUUUGCAGACGGGACUGACGUCUCUGAACCCGGAGAAGCGGUUCAUUCGACUGUGCAGGAACUUCUGCCUGUUGUUUACGGCUUUAUUGCACUUUCUACACAACGUUGUUAACCCGAUGUUGAUGUCACUGAGCGCGUCGCACAACCCCAGCACACACAGACACGUGAGGGCGCUAGGCGUGUGUGCGUUCCUCAUCAUAUUCCCGAUAUCGCUGCUAGUGUAUCUGUGGUCCCAGCACUCGAUAUCCACCUGGCUGCUCGCAGUCAGCGCUUUCAGCAUAGAGGUGAUAGUGAAGGUCAUCGUUAGCCUCAUGAUAUACUCAUUGUUCUUAGUCGACGCGUACAGAAGUACGUUUUGGGAGCAGCUGGACGAUUAUGUCUACUACAUCAGAGCGUUUGGCAACACCAUAGAGUUUUGCUUCGGGAUAUUCUUGUUCUUCAACGGGGCGUGGAUUCUGUUGUUUGAAUCAGGAGGAGCUAUCCGAGCUGUGAUGAUGUGCAUUCACGCAUACUUCAAUAUCUGGUGUGAGGCGCGAGCCGGCUGGUCUGUCUUCAUGAAGCGACGGACAGCAGUCAACAAGAUAAACUCAUUACGAGAAGCUUCCUUCGAACAGCUCGACAGACUAGACGACGUAUGCGCCAUCUGCUACCAAGAGAUGCAUUCAGCCAAGAUCACGCGCUGCAACCAUUACUUCCACGGAGUGUGUCUACGGAAGUGGCUGUACGUGCAAGACCGGUGUCCUCUAUGUCACGACAUUCUGUACAAGAUUGACGCCGAUGUCAAUAAAGACUCAGACGUCGGCAAUGAAGAGAACAGCAACAACCAAAACCUUCUGUUAGAGGAAGAGCCGGAUUUGUUACUGGGCGAAGGCGUGAGGUGACUGAUUGAUGAAGACGCGUACCACGUGAACUAGGUCACACAUGUCGUGGUAUCCCUUAGUCUGUAUAGUAAGUUAUUGUUUUUCUAAAUCGUAUGGUUGCAGCUGUGACGCGGGCGGCUCCAGUGUGCGUUGAACUCUGCCUGUGCUUGUGAUGUUGUUAGGUUGUAAGUUAAGUGCCGACACCGUUUGUUGCUUAUACCUUGUUGCAUAAACUUUUAUCCCCGUUUUUUUCUACCCUAAAUUAAAAAAGUGUACGAUAAGUUAACAAAUACCUUUUUGUCUUUUAAACGGAGCUAUUUGUAAAUAUUAUUUAGAAAUAGUUUCUAAAUAUGAGCUAGAGUAAUGGAAGAAAAAUAUAAAAAGAGUAAUUUUACCGAAAAAACUGUAAAUAAACUAUAUUAUUUUAGUAGAU